UUUCCUUUCAGACCCGGUGAAACUUCAGCCUGUACAGGCUGAGGUCAGAAGUGCGGGUCAAGAUGGAAGUGAAUCCCCCCAAACAGGAGCACCUGCUGGCGCUAAAAGGUCCUGUUUCUUCUGAUUUGACAAGAAAGACAAUUUGGUAAUAAUAAAUUACAUUCUAGCUCUGAAGAAUUCAGCUAAGAAAUUUUCUCUCCAUUAAGAGUUAAUGGAUUACUGCAGAAUGACUACUGAAGUAAUAUUACAUUAUCGACCAUAUGAAAACGAUCCCAAACAGCUGGCAAAAAUUGCAGAAAAUGUAAUUCAAGACUUUCCUACUCACCCACUAUCAAGAUUUAUUCCUUGGUUUCCACACGAUGAGUCCAAGCUUCCACUCAAGCCUAAAAGAUUACCGCCAGUAAUUUCUGAAGAGGCUGCUGAGAAUGUGAAACGGUACUUAACCAUUUCAGAACCUAAUGGUGAAUCACACAGCUAUGACUGCACAGUAGAUCUUUUGGAGUUUCAACCUAAUUCCAAAAUGCAGCACUUACUCCAGGCACACACACUAAAGGAGCAGACUAAUGCAGCAAAUUUGGAUAAAAAUUCAGGAAAAGAAACACAGCACAAGAAAAGAUCCUGGAGUGUUUCACUUGCUAGCAAACAUUGUCCAAAAAAGAUUUUUCCUUUGUCUAGAAAAUUGCAAGCCACUUUAAAGACACUACAGUUGCACACCCUUCAUAGAGCAAGAUGGACUUUAGAAUACAGUGUUUGCAACAACCAGACUCUGGAAGACAUUUGGACAAAACUCAACCACUUUAUCAGGCACAAUGAACUUCCUUCUUGUAAUGCUACCAUCCAGAGAGAGUUAGGCCAAAUAUGGGUGUUCUGUGAUAUUAAGUACUGUGAAUAUGUAGGAAGUCUGCUUAAAGAAAGAUUAUCUCUUAUUGGGAAAAUUGAUUUAUUUGUACAUAAAUAUGGUGUUAUUUUUAGUAUGUAACAAAUUUUGAUCAUCAUGAAUAUUCUGAAUGAAAUGAAUUUGGACUGAAAUUGUGAAAUGAAUAGACUUUAUUGACCAUUGUAUUUUAAUGACUUAAAUGUUGGUGCUUCUUUAUAGUGUGAAGAAAAUAAUUCUGUAAUAUGUGUACAGUUUGUGUCUAGUAUAUAAAUAUCAUGUAAUCCCAAGGCUUGUCAAUCAAGUCAGGAAUAUUCCAGAUUAUGUUUAUUAGCAUUCUUUUGAGUGAACUUUGAUGACUUAUUGUUUGUGCUAAAAUUGAAAGUGUUUUAACUUUUAUCCCAAUGAUUUGAGUUUAAAUGAAUGGUUUUAUUUUAAUGACUCCUUAAAGUCCCUUAUUCACCUAAAUAUAAUAUGAGCUGUGUGUAAAAUUAAAAGUCUUAUCACA